GUAAUUUUUAAGUGCCGAUUGUAAUGUGUCAAGUACUUUCUUUGUUCAUUUCACAAUAUUUUACCUUUAAAUACAUUUUCAAAAUUUUCAUGAAAAUAAGGAUGAAUCUGGAGGCGUGCUGCUUUAAAUGUUGACUUCUGCUUUAGCCGGUGCUAGGGGGAGUGGACAGUAGUUUGCACAUUACAGUAGAUGUUAUAAAUUGUAUAUGAUUCUAAUGGAAAGUAGCUAAAAAAGUGGCUUACAUAAAAAUGACAUUGAUUUAUUUUUAUAUACAUAAAAAGGGAUAUAUAUAUAAGUAAACUAUGCCAGGUUAGUAUUUUUUGUUUAUAACACCAAUUUCUCAGUUUAUUCUUAUUGCUCUUAGUUUACCUGGUCAUUUUGCUUUCUUUCAAUAGACUGUAACUGUAUAAUAUAGUUAUUUCUUUAGCACUGAUGAGUUUUGAACAAACUUCACAAUUUUGGAUGGUACAGUUUAACAUAUUUUAUUUCAUUUUCAAACCACUAUUUGCAUAAACCUUUAUUAUCUAUGAAUUGUUUUUCAGAGUAAGUAUUGAAGUCAUCCGGGAUGUUUCUUCAAGUAGUGAUCUUGAAUCUGACUCAGAUGAGGACUACGAGCCCAGCUUUGAUGUAACAUUUGGGGCAAAUGAUGCAUUAGGUGCAAUUGAUGAACAGUCCUUUGCGGAUGAAGUUUAUGGGUCAAUUGAGGAGGGAGAAUCAGACGAAAAUGAUUCUAGUGAUGAAGAUCAGGCUCCCAUUGAAGGAAGGAAACGCCUUGACACAAUGGAAAUGGCAACAAAGGCUGUAGACAGCACUGUCCACCUAUGCUACAAAGAAUCGUUGAUUGAUCUGGCACAUAUUAGACCAGCAUCGAAAUGUCGAGAGGAAGGUUGUGCAGGCCUUGUAAACCUUAAAGACAAGUCAGUUGGUUCUGCAUUGUACUUUGAUUGGGUAUGUGAAAAAGGUCAUAACAAUGGUACAUGGUGCUCCCAGCCAGUGUUUAGAAGAGGUCUACAUGCUGGAGACCUCUUGACAUCUGCUGCUAUUUUAUUCUCUGGGAACAAUUACCAGAAAGUGCAGCUCAUGACUAAAUUUAUGAAGUUGCCAAUAGUAAGUCAAGCCUCCUUCUUGAAGAUACAGAGAUCUUAUUUAGUACCAGCUAUUGAGGAGAAGUGGAAAGAACACCUAGCCCACAGAAUCCAGACUAUCAAAGAUUCUUCUGGUGAAGUGGUGAUAUCAGGUGAUGGUAGGAUGGAUUCCCCGGGGCAUUGUGCCCAAUAUUGUACGUACACCGCUAUGGAGAACAGCACCAAGGAGAUACUGUCUGUUGUGACUGUUGAUAAAAGAGAAACUGGGAAGUCCAGUGUUUGGAUGGAAAAAGAAGGAUUUCUACGAACACUUCAGUUUUUCUUAGAUGAACACAUCUUAGUGAAAGAGGUCAUUACAGAUGCUCACCCAUCAAUCACUGCUGUUCUUA